UUUCCAGUUCAAACUUACGAUUGUGUCUGAUUGAAACUCAAUAGGUUGAAUGCUGCACGGACAUAAGACUAGUAAACUAUAAUGUCAAGUGGAUCAUAUCUUUUCUUUUGUUUUAGAUUCUACUCCCAUGUGCACAUAUUUAGUACAAUGCCAUCUUAUCAGUCAAAUACAACUAAACUAAAUCUUUUUCUUUGAGAUAGGAGUAAGAGUUUACAACUUUGUAUUAAAUCCGGUAUAUUGCUAAAACAAAAUAAGUUUAAGUAAUUAAAUCAAUGGCAAGUAAAAAUUAAUUGAAGCAAAAAAAAAAAAAGGGAGCAGAAGGCCACCUAUUAUAAAUAUAGCAUUGCGCCUUUCAAUUCUUUACUACUCCCUUCCAAGAUCUUCUUUAACAAUGGCUUCCUUAUUUAUAAUUUCCUCUUUUCUUUGUUCUCUUCUCUUUUGCAUCUCUCCUUCAGUAGCUGGAAUAGUACCUUUCCGUCCAAAAGCUCUAGUUCUUCCAGUCUUCAAAGACAAAUGCACUAACCAAUAUAUUACCCAAAUCAAGCAAAGGACACCUCUUGUGCCAGUUAAAUUUAUAGUGGAUCUUGGUGCAAGAUUCAUGUGGGUUAACUGUGAAGAAGGCUAUGUCUCUUCUUCAUAUAGGCCUGUAAGUUGCGACUCUGUCCUUUGCACACUUGCUAAUUCACAUGCCUGUGAUACCGAGUGUUAUUCAACCCCGAAACCAGACUGCCACAAUAACACAUGCGCCCAUUCCCCUGGAAACCCAGUAAUACACCUUAGCACUGGUGGUCAGAUUGGUCAGGAUAUUGUUUCUCUUCAAUCUUUCAAUGGAAAAACUCCUGACAGGAUUGUUUCAGUCCCUAAUUUCCCUUUUGUUUGCAGUUCAACACUCAUGUUAGAGAAUCUUGCUAAUGGAGUUACCGGUAUGGCUGGCUUGGGAAGAACUCGCAUCUCCAUGCCUGCUCAAUUUUCUGCUGCUUUUGGCUUCUAAAGAAAAUUUUCCAUUUGCUUGAGUUCUUCCACAAAACCCAAUGGGGCAAUACUUUUCGGAGACGGACCUCGUUCAAUCGUUCCAAAGGAUCUUCUUAUCUACACUCCACUUAUAAAAAAUCCUGUGAGUACCCUAGGACCAGAGAAUAAUGUCGUACCGACAACAUCUAGUGACUAUUUCAUUUCAGUAAACUCAAUCAGAGUCGGUGGAAAAGAUAUUAAAGUUAACAAGACUUUGCUCUCGAUCAAUAAUAAAGGCAAGGGAGGAACCAGGAUCAGCACGAUCAAACCUUACACGAUGUUACAUACUUCUCUUUAUAAAGCUCUUGUCACAGCUUUUGUCAGAGCUUAUGGUGUAAUCCCUCAUGUUGAACCACCAUUUGGAGCAUGCUUUCCAUCAUUUAGCGAUGAAUUGGGACCAAAGGUGCCUUUUAUUGAUCUAGUGCUGGAAGGUCAGGGCAGUGUGUAUUGGAGGAUUUCGAGCGCAAAUUCACUGGUGAAAAUCAGUAGUAUUGUGACGUGUUUGGGAUUUGUUGAUGGUGGACCAGACCCUUUUACCUCAAUUGUCAUUGGCGGGUGUCAACUAGAAGACAAUCUGCUACAAUUUGAUCUUGCUUCUUCAAGACUUGGGUUCAGUUCUUCCCUCCUUGCUAGGAACACCAGCUGCUCCAACUUCACCUAAUUAAUGUAUUUUAUUUUCCUUGUUGCGAAGUUGAAUACUAAGGAAAAGAAAAAUAAUGAUCUAGAUCUUGAGAUAGCUGUUUCGAGCAGAUUCGAUAUCUGUAACUAAAUAAAUUUUAUCUCCUUUGAGUAAA